UUAUAGUUUUUAUACUCUCAAUGCUAUCAUAACUGUCAACACGCUGCACCUCCCCCCGGUCUGGCCAAGUCACAUACUGUCCAGUAAUACUCUUCUCCCGUCAACCCGAAACUUUUCUUUUCUCGCAACUCCACACCUUUUCGCGCCAGUUGGGCUUCUUUUCUUCUCCUCUUUCCUUCUUCCUCUUCCCCCCCCCCUUUCUCUCUUCUCCCCCCGGGCUUCUUCUUUCCUUUCGUUUCUCCACGACAUCACCGAUCUCCCCCCUCGGUCUGUCGUGUUGAAUUGUCUCCUGCAUUUUCCGGCAGAGACAUUCCCCCCUCCCCCCUUACCCCCCCUCUUCCCCCGGGCUUCUCCCCUGCCGCAUUGGCAGUCGACAAGUCAGCGAUGGCGGCCGUAUCAGCACCCACUCCUAAGCUGGAUCGCUACAUCGUUAUCCACGUUGCGACCACCUGCGACGAACAUGGCGUCUAUGUCACCAAGGAUUCCGCCGAGGUCAUCGAAUUGGGCUGGAUCCUGUUGGAUUCCAAGACCUGCGAGGAGCUCCACCGUGAGAGCGUCCUCGUCAAGCCUGUCAACACUCCCAUCACGCCGCUGUGCACGAGCUUGACCACCCUGACGUGGGAGCACGUCCGCUCGGCUGGCACUUUCCGUGAUGCCAUCUCCCGAUUCGAUGCCUUCGCCCAGGAGCACCUCACCAGCAAACAACUCGAGUUUGCUUUUGUGACCUUGGAUUCAUGGGAUUUGCGCGUGCAGCUGCCCCGCGAGGCUCGUGAUAAGGCCGUGGUGCUGCCCGCCUAUCUGCAGCACUCCCGCACCUUUGACCUGCGUACCGAAUAUCAACGCUGGCAAACCCACCACCCCGAGUCGCUUCCCUUCGGACCCAGCUCCCUCUCCAACAUUUGCGCUGCUCUCGAGGUUGAGCCCGUUCAGUCCUCGGCUCCCAUCAAGCACAACCUGCCCUUCCACCUGCAAGCAUUGGCUCCCGCUUCGCCGCGCCGUGCUAUGGAAGAGUCCAUCACUCUGGCCCGCGUCCUUCGGGGUCUGAUUCGCAAGUCCCAGCCCCCACACGAGCAUCCCGAGAUCCUCACUCGCCCAAUGGAUGCUCACGCCGAUGUUCGUGCUUUCUUGGCCGAGCGCAGCAAGGUCCUGCACCUGAGCGGUCUCCCCCACGACACCACGCAAUCGGAGUUGGAGAGUUGGUUCACCCAAUUUGGUGGCCGGCCAAUUGCCUUUUGGACUCUGCGGACUCCGGACCAGCACAAGCCUACUGGCACUGGGUUCGCGGUGUUCUCGUCUCACGAGGAGGCCGCCGAAAGCUUGUGCAUGAAUGGCCGCGCCCUCAACGAAAAGGCCAUUGAGGUCUCCCCCUCCUCCAGCCGUGUUCUCGACCGGGCUGCCGAGAUUCUCACCCCCUUCCCGCCCUCCAAGAACCGCCCGCGUCCCGGCGACUGGACUUGCCCGUCUUGCGGUUUCUCCAACUUCCAGCGCCGUACGGCCUGCUUCCGCUGCUCUUUCCCUGCCAUGGCGGCAGCACCGGACCCGAUGGGCUACGGCUACGGCUACGGCCCGCCAAACAUGAUGCCUCCUCACAUGGGCCACGGCCACGGAAUGGGUGGUCACGGACGUGGUAUGGGCGGAAAUGGUGGUGUGGUUCCUUUCCGCGCUGGUGACUGGAAGUGCGGCUCCGAGGGCUGCGGCUACCACAACUUUGCAAAGAACAUCAACUGUCUUCGCUGCGGUGCUCCCCGCUCGGGCGCCGCGGUUGUGGCCGACUCGGCCUUCCCCUCGCCCAUGGACCCCCCAUCGCAAUUCGGCAUGGGUCCUAACUCGAUGGCCAGCACCCCCGCCCCCGGUCCCUUUGCCUCCACUGCCGGUGGCUUUGGUGGAUUUGGCCAGCAGUUCGGUGGCCCGCCUAACAAUUACGCUCUCCCCUCCGGCGGUCUGAGCAACACCCCCGGUGCCUACCCGCCUAUGGGCCAGGUGAACUCGGGAUAUGGCUCGUCGAACACUUCUCACUCCGCUGCUUCCUUCGCCAACCCGGCCACCCAGGCGGCUUUCAGCGGUGCUGACCACGGCGUCCCGUCCACCAGCGCCUCUAACGGUGCCUUCUACGGCGGCUCCGAGGGCUCUAGCGACCCCUUUGCCUUCCUGUCCUCCGGCCUCGGUGGUCUGACGGUCUCGGAUGAUCCUCACUCGCGCCGCAACGGCGCCGGUGCUAACAAGUCGCCCGCCUAAACGAGCGGUAUGACUGUACCUAUUUCUUUUCCAAAAUGCCCGAACGAAUCGGGCGGUCACACUUACGUUGUCCAUAUUGCAGACCUGCGUUGUGGCAGGUAUAUGCGCUGGUUGAUACUCGUUGAUACGCAUUUGUAUAAGGGAUUCUGCGGUUCCGGUGCAUCGGGUUGGAAGGAGCAGGCAGGUAGCGUGUUGAUGAUUCCAAAUUUCUUCUUCUCACCUUUUCGCCUUCCUGUGAUUUGUGGGAUGUUUCUUUAUUUUUUUUUUUUCGUAUCUGUUUCUCGAUUUACUCUCUGCUUUUUUUUUUAUUUCUGUCCUCAUCUCUUUGGUUGUUGAGCGGCUCCGGUCCCCCUUGAUUCCAUCUCGAGCUAUCUAUGGUUUUGGUCUGCUUUUUUUUGUUACAAAGGAUGGCGGCGACUGGAACCAUGACCGGGGCGUGGGUUUUGUUUUGAUAUCAAACCGCCGUCUUGAGUCGGUUUCGGCCGCGAACGCAUUGUGAGCCUGGGUUGCGCACUCGACCUGCUUUGCAUUUUAGAUCUUUGGUCGUCCCUUUUCUGCGUUGGGUCAUGGCAAGCGUCGGAGAAUUCACGGUAUUGAUCUCACGGGUGGGAUAUACAAUGGCUCGGACUCCGUUGGGGGUGUUGGGGGAUUUCCUUUUCGCGAACUUGCGCUGGUGAUGACGGAUGGGAGGGCUCUAUUUCCUUUCUCUCUCUCUCCGUUUUUCGACUUUUGCCAGGGCAUGGUGAAUGCAACAAAAAAGAUUGUCUUGUCUAUAUUUCUCUUCCUGAUUCUCUGUGUAUUGCGUCUAUUGUCUCUUCGUUGUAUGUGUUUCUAGGGCGGCUCCGCAUGGUCUGGUCGUGGGGCUUGAUCACUUGUAUAGGGUUAUGAAGGGUGCUUGUAUUGCACCCUCGGUACAUGCGUUGGGCUAUAAUUGAUCCCUUUCAUUUUAGUGGUAGAAGAUGUUUCUCCUAUCGAGUAGCG